GCCAAAGUGUGCAACUACACUUUGUGGCGUAUUUUUAGAAAACCACGUUGGGACAAGGCGGAUAUGGUUUCUGCGGUGGAGUAUCUGAAGGGGAAGCGGCAGGAUGCCGUGCUUGCUGGUGCCAGGCUACUGGGCAUCAUCCUUGCCAUUGUGCACAUGAGGCUGGCCAUUGUCGUCUUUGCGGGCGUGUACGCUGCACGCGUCAUGCAGCGCCUGGAGGGCGUGAGCUUGACUCGGGACUGGUUGCGGCGUGCCAUGCAUGAAGACAGCGGGCACUACGUCUUCUAUUGCCUCGCAAUCUACAGUCUUCCGCCAUCCCUUGUGCUGCUGUUGCCAGUUACCUUGAACAGCUUGCUUGCCGUCAUCGGCUUCCUCAACGUCAUGCUGCGGGAGACGGGACAGCCGGCCGUGCUGAAGUUCCCCAUCAACUUCAUCGCGCAACGGCAGCAGUCGGUCUUUCAGAUGAUCUGCAACUUUGAGGUUGCAGCCCUCUUUCUCACCGUCUUCACCCUCGUCACCUCAAGGCUGGCAAUUCCCGCGCUGUUGGCGUUUAUGACGAUGGCUCUCUUCCACAUGCUCCGUUUCUACUCGCGCCGCAACAACACCAACCGCAUCUUCUGGUCCCAGGCCGUCUUUGUCCUCGAUCAUGCGAGCACACACCGCUACUGCCCAGCCAUUGUUGCGCGCGUGUACCAUGCCAUCAAGACGCGUGUAGUCCAGUAUGCCACCAGGAUCAAGCCGCAGGAGUGACAUGCGACCAUGCCGUGCAGUGACACGGCCACCUGCUACACGCUGCACGCUGUGUGCGAUGUGUUUUAUGCGAUGUGUGUUGCACGCUGUGUGCCGUGCUAUAUACAUACUGUCGGCGCCGUUGUCCUUGCCAGUUUGCGAAUGUGUUCUCGUGUUAUCACGUCACAUCACAUCACGUUGUGUGGUCCCAAGUGGUGCUGCCACGAUUAGAUUGAAACAUGACA